UGUUUGGGAGAGACAAAGCGCAUGCGCAUAAAUUAGGAACCACCGCAGGCUUCAACCAGGUUCGAGACCGCAAGGUCAUGGUUAGAAGGGAUACAGCUUUUGUCAAAUUCAAAUGAACAAAAGUAUAUAUUUUUGGGGGGGCAUUUUUAGCUAUCACCCAAAACCAUUUUCAUACCCUUAAACUAAUUAUCAUAACCUGCUACGUUUAUUCUUUUAACCUGCUGCGUGAAUUCUAACCUGCUAUGAAAAGUCAAAUCCGACAAAAGCUGUAUCCCAUCUAGUCAAUACAUACCGCAGCGAUUGCAGAUUUUCCUUGUCAGAUAGACGGAAGGAGUGAGAAAGGGCAAAAGACGGUGAGCCGCCGACACACGGACAGACGGGGGCCCAGAGAGCGAGGGGGAGGACGAGAGGAAUGGACGAGUCGUAUCAGGGAAUAACAAUACGGCUGGGUUAAUUUAUAUCCAAAUCUUACAAUUAGCAACACUGCAGAUGCCAUCUGUCUCGCAUCGGUUUAUUUAGGCUACAAUAAUCUCGUUAAUUUCAGCGAUACCUUCAAGGAGACCGAGCGGAGCCACCGGGCUGCCGGUACCGUACAGGGGAGUACAAUGACAACCUGGUGAAUGUUUGCCGAUUAUAUUUAUCUAAUCAGACCGAAUGGAAUAAAACCGCGAAUAGCCUAAAGGACCGGGGUGCGCAUCCCCAACCCGGGAGUGAUGAGAACAGCGGGGAGACAGGACUGUGUUUCUGCUGCUGUCGCCUGUCAAAGGUAUUAUUUCUGUGUGUCGUGGACUGAUCAUUUGUUGAUCCAUCAAACCCCUCCUCUCCUCCACAUAUUCUCCACCGGUAUCGUCGGAGUGUUGUAAAUAUGGAUCGCUCUAAUGGCUCUGGGACCAGCGAACCCACCAAACCGCCAAACCACCAGUUGGAGAAGAAACGGUUAAACCGAGCACCAUCUCCGGCCAGGCCGUUCCUGAAGGAUGUCCGUUCCUCGCCUAAACCAGCGGCUAUCGUACCAAAAUCCCCUAAAAUGACAAAGCAGCAGCACUCCUCUUCCCCAGUGGCUUUAUCAUCCAAUCAAAGCCGUAUCUCCAGGCGCACCCCAACCGGAGCGAAGGAUAACAAACCAGCCACCGUGAAAAGUCAUAGCACCAAGUCUUCGAUAGUCACGAAAAAGACUGUUAAGGUCAUUCAACAUGCGGCGCUGGAACCUAAACCGACUACUGCAAGCGCCAGCAAACCGACCCCGGACAGCAGCACCAACAGUCCACACCUCACCCUUAAAGCCAAGAAGAGUAAAAUAGCCACUCUGACCGCGUCUCACCACGGCCCGCUCAGCCUUGGCUCCCCAAUCCGCGUUCCAACCGGCGCUACCCCCCACGGCAGCAGGGUCAGUCAGACCGACAGUAGCUCCGAUCUCUCUGACUGUCCCUCCGAACCCCUAUCCGACGAACAGCGGCUGGUCGCGGCCGCAAGCAGCGAUGGGGAGUCGGGGGGCUCUGGUUCCGGGUUCAGCGACAGGGAUCAGGUGGAUUAUCCUGUGCAGGCGGCAGCAUCAGCGUCCGACGCGGCCAGAGCGGCAGGGGCUACUGCCGGUAGUGGUGUUGGUUCGUUGCGCACCGCGGAGGGUAGCCCUGCGGCUACUGGGAAAGGCGGCAUGUCUCAGGCUCCAGGACCAGGUGCUCACGGAGGAGAGGGUAGUAAACAGGAGAAAGCAUCGACAAGCGCACAAUUUAUAAAACUGGAAUGCAGCAAAGAGAUAAUCGAAGAGGAUUUAUUGCGGGAAAUAGAAGAUCUUCGUUCUGAAAACGAGUACCUCAAGGAUGAAGUGGAGGAGCUGCGUGCGGAGAUGGAGGAAGUACGGGACAGUUACCUGGAAGAGGAGGUGUACCAGGUGCAGGAGUUACGCAGGGAGCUGGACCGCUCCAAUAAGAACUGUCGGAUUCUCCAGUACCGUCUCCGGAAAGCGGAACAGAAGAGCCUCAGAGUGGCCCAGACUGGACAUGUAGAUGGAGAACUGCUACGCAACCUGGAACAGGACCUCAAGGUGGCCAAAGAUGUGUCGGUGCGUCUGCACAACGAGCUGGAGAAUGUAGAAGACAAGAGGACCAGGGCCGAAGAUGAGAAUGAGCUGCUGAGACAGAGGAUCAUCGAGGUGGAGAUCUCUAAACAGGCUCUACACAAUGAACUGGACAGAGUUAAAGAGACCGCUUUACGGAGGAGAGGGAGCAGGGAAACGUUUAAGGACAAGAAGUAUCCGAACCAGGAGGACAGUGCAGAUCUCAGGUGUCAGCUGCAGUUCUCUAAGGAAGAAUCUACCCUAAUGCGUAAGAAGAUGGCCAAGCUGGGGAGGGAGAAGGAAGAGCUAGAGCAGGAGAUACAGAAGUAUAAGUCAGUCUACGGGGACGUGGACAGCCCUCUACCCCUGGCAGAGCUUGCAGGUGGUGGGCCCCACAGCACCAGAGAGGCCGAGCUACGGCUCAGACUCAAAUUGGUGGAGGAAGAGGCUAAUAUUCUGGGUAGGAAGAUCGUUGAACUAGAGGUGGAGAACCGAGGCCUGAGGGCUGAGAACGAGGACAUCCGUUGCCAGUACGAGAGGGACUGUUUCGGCCGGGAGCCCUUCAGCAGCAUGCCCUCCUCCCCGUACGGCGGAGACGCUCUGGAGUCAGCCGGGGAGCUGCGGCGCCACCUACAGUUUGUAGAGGAAGAGGCAGAACUUCUACGGCGGUCCAUCUCAGAGAUCGAGGACCACAACAAACAGCUGACCUCCGAACUGAACCGCUUCAAGUUUGGCCCGCGAGACGAGGAGGUCGAUGUUGGAGUGAUGCUGAUGAAGACCGGUAAUGGGGGUAACGGUGGCGGCGGGGGUAACGGGAGCGGUGUGGUGAUGAUGGAAGAGCUGAAAGCAUCCAGGAUGCAGAUCAACGAGCUCAGUGGGAAGGUGAUGAAGCUGCAGUAUGAGAACAGAGUCCUGAUGUCCAACGUUCAGCGCUGUGACCUGGCCCAACACCUGGGCCUCCGCACCGGCUCCCCGCGGGACAGCGAUGCAGACAGCGACGCCGGCCGCCGUGACGCCGCAGAGGAGGAAGAGACUGGGAGGCUCCUCCUUCUACACCCCAAGAGGGAGGGGCCUGUCGGCGGCGAGAGCGACUCGGAGGACCUGUUCGAGAAAACGACCACGACCUCGGGUUUCGAAAGUCACAAGCCCUCGGACGAGAUCAGCGGGCUCAGCACCACGGAACUAGCCAACCUCAGACGAGAAGACCGUGAGACGCUCAUGAACGUCAAACGAGAAGCAGAGCGUCUUGGGAAGACCGUAGACCGUCUUAUUACCGACACGGACAGUCUGAUCUACGAGGGAAAGAUUAUCGUAACAGGAGGGGACAGUCUCUGCAUAGAGGGGUUCAGAGGACACAGGGGGGAGGGAAGCGGAGAGGACAGGGGGGACACCACCACACUCCCCGAGUCCCUGCAAGACUCCCAGGUCCUGGACACUAUCAACACCCGGAUGAAGGCCUUCAGAACAGAGCUCCAUACCUUCAUGGAGAAGGUGGAUCACCUGGGAGACAGGCUAAGGGAGAGGGGAGGGGACCGGGAUAGGGGGGAUGACCUGUCGCCCAUGCCCAACCUUACAGAGUCUAGCAGCUUCCUGUCAGGGGUCACCUCCAUGUCCCGAGACUCGCCCAUCAGCACCCUGGGACGCGACCUGGUCACAGAUUUCCAGUCACAGUCCGGUGCGAGGGAUGAGCUGGAGUGGCGUCUAGGACAGGAGCGAGCCGUGGAGACCCAGGGCCAGAGCCAUGACCAGGGGGGUCUGCCUCAGGGCCCUGCCCAGAACAGGGGAGCCAUCCUGGGACACACUAGAUACCACAGGCCCCCCCUGGCUUCUUUAAGACCUGAGCUACGUGACACAGCUGGGGCAGAGAUGCAAUUCCGACUGGAUCACGAUCGCAGGUUGAGGCCUGGACAGGAGGACAGAGAGGCCUUCUCUGGGACCAUGGCACAGGAUGAGGAACGGAGGCGGCUGGAGGUGCAGGGUGUGAAGCCCAGAGGGGGUCUGGAUCUGAUGGGCCUGCAGGCCCACGAGGCUCCCUGGGUCCAGGAGAGAACCCUACUGCAGCAGGAGGUCCAGUUGUUCAGACACAACACCAUCAUCUUCUAUAUGAAGCUACGCUGGAUCCUCAUGCACUGGAGGUUGGGGAAGAGGACAGACACAGUGGAGGAGACAGCACACUCAGAGUAUGAGAAGUUGGAGGCUAUUCCAGAGCUGGGGGUGAUCUUGGAGCAUGGAGAGGGAGAGACGGAGAGAGAGGACAGGGAUAGGUCGUGUACCCAGCUACCCCAGAGAGACAGCCCCCACCCUGGCCCCACAACCCAACUCCACUCCACUGAACGCCUGCAGCACCAGACACAGGUGGGUGAGAACCGUAGGGUGCUCCAGGCGGUGCGCUCCCUGUUAGAGGAGUUCAGGUCAGAGUUGAGGGAGGAGGAGAACAGGAGGUGCCAGCUGCAGCAGAACUACGCCAAUGACAAGGCUUCCUGGGAGGUCAAAUGGGCCGAGAUGAAGUGUCACGUCGCUCAGUUGGAAGAGGAGAGACAAGAAGAGAAAGGAGAGGUGAGAGGAGAGGCCAGAGGAGAGAUGCAGGGAGGAGGAGGAGACCCAGACUGGGCCUUUAAACAGGAGCGAGAGGAGCACCGUUGCCUCCUGGCAGAGAGCCACAGCACCUCCCUGGACCUCCACUGGAAGCUGCAGCAUGGAGAGAAGAGGUGGGGGAGGGAGAGGAGAGACUUGCUGGAACGCUUCGACCGGGAGAGACAAGAGUGGGACAGCAACAUGAGAAACAUGCACCACAAGAUGGAGAGGCUGCAGAGAGAGCUGAACGUCCGACAGGGCAGUGAGGGUUCACCCUCCGACGUCAAAGACGGGGCGACGGCAGGAGGACCCAGGGGUGUCUUUUCCCCUCAGGAGAGCCCAUGUAAGGUCCCUCGCUCUCCCCGGUCACCCCGGUCACCCCGCUCCCCUCGCUCUGCCAUCCCCGGCCCUGUUUCCCUCCCCACCCGCUCCCACUCGGACUCGGAGGCCCAUGAAGAGCAGGGGGCUGUAGUGAGGGUCAGAGGCCCAACAGAGAACAUUUUCCUGGACGCUCUGACGCUAGACUCCCUGGGUAGCCUGGAGGUCCCACUUCCCAGCAGACUGGACUCUGACAAGAGGUUCCCCUGUAUGAACCAGGCUCUGAAUGAGAUCCCAGACAUAGAGGACCCAAUAUAUCAGGAGGAGGAGGAGGAAGAGAUGGGCUUUGGCAGUCUGCUCAGGGCUAAGUCAGUCUGUUCUAUGAGCGACUUCCAGCGUCUGAUGGACAGCUCUCCCUUCCUGCCUGACAAGAGUCGUCAUGGUGACUGUGGCCGUGGCGACGUGACCCCACCCCUAUCACCUGAUGACCUGAAGUACAUAGAGGAGUUCAACAGUAAGGGGUGGAGCUUUCCUGUCCCUGGCCCCUCCCCUACACCAGGCCACCACAACCCUACAACCAUGGAAGCCUGGGCAGAACGGCCCACUUCAGAACCAUUCCAGCCAGCCUUGUGGUUCCUGACAACCAGUGCUACCCUUACAACUAACACCCUGUCCAGCCUUGAACCCCAUCCUCUCUGCCAGCACUCCCCUCUCAGGGGCAACGGGGGUAACAGAGGAGGGGGGGCAAGUGUCCAUGUCUCCCACAGCCCCACCCGACCCCCAGGAACCCCCGAACAGGACUACAUGUACCCCAAAGGGACCAAGGGGCGAGGGGGUGUCGGUGAGGUGGGGGAUCCCCCUGGGGUAGGGGGACCAGACGAGGUGUUUGGUAAUGGUAGGUGGCCCUCCACCUGUCAUAAGGAGUUAUUAGAGGGUGGGGGUGGACUGGGAGGCGUACGUAGGGGCCCUUCUGGGGUGGGUCCCAUCCCCACGGUGGGGUACGCCUCGUCUCUGGAGCUGCAGCUGUCACGGAACCUCAGCGAUGACAUGAAGGAGGUGGCCUUCUCUGUUAGGAACUACCGCUCAGGACCUAGCACCUCGGACCUCCUGGAGCAACACAGACAGCUCCGAGACACGGCGUGUCAGACCAACGGUUUCACUACUCGGGGAACCCAGACCACCCAGACCAUCAGUGUGGGCUUACAAACUGACAUCCUCCGUACCCUCACCAGCUCCCCCCACCGCUGCCUCACCCCUAUAGGAGGAGGCUCAACCCCCAUCUCCUCCCCCUCCAGAAACAUCCGCAAGAUGCAGUACUCUCCUGUGGUCCAGUCCAAGUUCGAGCGGACAUGUUGUUCUCCUAAGUAUGGUUCCCCUAAGCUCCAGAGGAAGCUGUCGACAUCGUCGAAGGCUGACCUCCCUGUAGGGGCCUCCUCCAGCUCCACAGCCGGCCCCAGGGCUCCGACUCCCACCACUCCCCAGAAGGGAGCCUCUGAGUCAGCCUGGGCUCGUUCCACCACCACCAGGGACUCUCCGGUCCACACCACCAUCAACGACGGCCUGUCCAGCCUCUUCAACAUCAUAGACCACAGCCCCGUAGCCUACGAACCCCUGCAGUCCAAAUUCACCAAGUCCCCAAGUCGCACACGCCCCGCUCCCCCUGACCCCUCACCUCCCGGGGGGCCAGGGGUACCCAGCCUACCACCCUCAGACCCCAAAGACCCCAGGUCCUUUGGUGCAGCCCAGGAGUUCCUGAGAAAUGUCCGCGGGCGUUCUCCUAGCCCGGUGCAGCUGAUAGUAGAGGCCCAGGGAGGGCCUGGGGGAACAGGGGGGGAGAGGACACCAGAGGUGGUCAGUAUACGCCAGGACCUGUCUGCUCCGCCUGGAUACACCCUGGCAGAGAACGCAGCCCGUCUGCUGAACAAGAAGCUGUUGGAGCAGAGCGUCAGGGAGGAGAAGAGACUGGGGUCUGCAGGCCAGAGCAGAGAUGGGAGGCAUGGAGAAGGAGACAGGAACCAGGCGGGGUGCAUGGAGGACCUCCCUCGCUCUCCGGUGGCUCCACCCCUAGAGUCGUGUUUCCUGCGUCCGGCGAGGCCAGCCAACCGCCGCCCCCCCUCCCGCUGGGCAGCCCCCUCCUCCCACCGAGGCUGGCGAGACGUCACAGAGCGGAGGCUCACCUUCCCCAUGGUGACUGGGACCAGUAAGACUAGGACAGGGUCCACCUCUAUACCGGACCUGGACGAGACUGGACCAGCAGAGUCAUGACAGGAACCAUCACCAUACCCUUGUCCUCCUUAACUCCCUUUACUCGCUCCACUCUCUGUCUCUCCUGUGAAACCCUGCCAGUACCUCAGACCCAUCUUUCCUAGUCCUCCUCUACUCCCUCUCCUCCCUCCUCUCUCCCGCUUCUCUCCUCCAUCCUCUCCUGCUUCCCUCCUCCCUCCUCUCUCCUGCUUCUCUCCUCCCUCCUCUCUCCUGCUUCUCUCCUCUUCUCCUCC